GUCAAAGCGUCAAAAGCGUUCUGACAGAAAAAAAAAUAAUGUGAUAUAUUAUUGUUAUAUAAAUUUCCGAAACUGCGAAUAAUGCUAAUUAACCAUAAAUAAAGUUAUUUAUUGUUGAAAUAAAAUCGUACGGAUCUUCAUUCGUCACACAAGGAUCUUUAGCACAUGUGUUUCCGUCGCGGUUACCACCUUGAAAAUGUCCGUUACCGAGGAACGGAUUCAAGAAUUAGAUCAGAGAUUUCUCGAGUUCAUGAGCAAAAAUGACAACUGCGAAGCAGCCACCAAGGAAAUAUAUGAUGAUCUUCUGGAUGAAGUACUCAUGGGUUUUGUUUUCGAUGUCCACAGAACUAUCAAAACUGGUAGUUCCGACGUCGAAGAAGGAAUCCCUGACGAUGAGUCUUACGCUAUCGUAGAUUCGCCGGGUCUGGAUGUGUUCGGUCAGCAUCCAGUGAAGAAAUCGCAAGAAUGCAAUUGUCCAAAUUGCGAUAGAGGGGUAGCGGCAUGCAGAUUUGCAACGCAUUUGGAGAAAUGUAUGGGAAUGGGAAGGAAUAGUUCAAGAAUAGCAUCUCGACGAAUAGCCAACAGUACAAAGGAUAUGAGUAAUUUUAGUGGUGUGAUAAGCGACGACGAUGAUGAUGUAGAUUGGAGUUUGACUAACGACAAGCGGAAGCGUCGUAAGGACAGAAACGGUAUAAAGCGUUCGAAGCAGCAAAAAAGUAGUCAAAGGAAUGGUGAUUCGGGGGUUGAUCAUGUGCAAUCAAGCAACGAGAAUUCACCCUCAAAUUAUGAGAAUAUGUCGAUUGAGGAUAAACGAACUUUAUUGACUCAAAUAUGUGGCGUCAUAUCGGAGCAUACGAAAAAAUUGUGCACACGGUCAAUGCGAUGUCCACAACACACGGAGGACCAGCGAAAAGAGAUGCGAGCGAAUCUAGAAACAUCAGAAAUCGGUCGCAACAAUCAAGACAAUUUGCACGUCGAUGUGGACGCAUACGACGAAAGCGACGGACAAAAUUUACGAGAAGCUCUUGCUCGCUGGGAUCGCGAUGGCUCGAAUCACUCGAGCCCAGCUGAUUCUACAUCAACGACUUCAACGUCUUCCCUCAGUCGCAAACGCGAUAGCAAAUCCAAGGGAAAAGGAAAAGCCUCCAGAAGAGAUCGCGGCUCUCCAAUCUCUCAGGGCGAUUGAUCUAUUUCUCGUUUUUUCUUUUCUUUUUUUUAACUCUAUGUUCUAAUUUAUUUAAUGCUUAGCCAUUUAAACGUUUGUGACGCGAGAAUAUUAUGUUGUAUAAUUAUUCGUAAUGUUUCUAUGCGCAUUGUGUACAAGUGGCCGCGAUUGUCAAGACGUCAUUUAUCGCUAGGAUAUUAUUUGUUGGUAAUAAAUUGUCGACUGUAUCAUAA